AUGGCAUCGAUUUCGGCCACCCCUCCGGAGGAUGAAUCUAUGAAGAAAGAGAACUUGGAAUUUAUCCACCUUGAGGAACAAGAGCCGGCACACCAGAAACCAGGCAAUGAAUCCCCUGUGUAUGGUAUUGACGAGGCACAUCAAAAAGGAGUGAUUCGACGCGUUGAUCUUCGCCUCCUCCCAAUUCUCGGAAUAAUGUAUUCCAUAUCCCUUAUUGAUAGGACCAAUCUUGGUCUUGCAUUUGUAGCAGGGAUGGAGGAAGAUCUUGGACUCAACAUCGGCAAUAGGUAUACGAUAAUUGUUAUGGUAUUUUUCGUGGCAUACAUUAUAUUCGAGAUACCUAGCAAUCUCGUCCUUCCUCGGGCCGGUGCAGCAAACUGGCUAGGAUUUCUUGGAUUUAGCUUUGGGGUGAUCUUGAUCGGCAUGGGUUUCGCCAAAAGUUGGACUACAAUGAUAGCUUGCCGAGUCCUGUUAGGUGUAAUGGAAGCCGGGUUUCUUCCAGGUUGCACCUAUCUAAUUACUUGCUGGUACACGCGAUUUGAGGUGGGCAAGAGACUGGCCGCUUUCUGGCUGGUUUCCGUUGUACUGAAUGCUUUCGCUGCAAUCUUUGCCUAUGCUUUGACACUGCUAGACGGAACUCAUGGGCUGAACGGAUGGCGCUGGAUUUUCAUCAUCGAGGGUGCCAUUACCAGUAGCGUUUGUUUGAUUGGCUGGUUCAUCAUAAUAGAUUUUCCAACUCAGGCAGAUACGUUUCUCGAGCCGGAGGAAAAGGAAUUUAUCAUCGCUCGCAUCAACAACGACAGUGGAGAUGCGGAACAGGAUCCAAUUACAAUGGAACGGGUUCUUCAUCAUCUUAAGGACUGGAAGUUGUAUUUUUGGGCAUUUAAUCUCAUGGCCUCCACCCUGCCCGGUUAUGCGUACAGCUACUUCCAAACAGUCAUCCUUACGGGCAUGGGGUUCAGCAGCACGCAGAGUCAGCUUCUCAGUGCCCCUCCCUACAUUCUGGCUGCAGUCUUUACAUAUUUCGGCGGCUGGCUCACUGAUAGAUAUCAAAUCCGCGGGCCGGUGAUUGCUGUCCAUCAACUUCUGACAGCAGUAGGGAUGUUGAUCACAGCCUAUGGUGGCGUAAGUGGGGUAAGAUACUUUGGGAUAUUCAUAGGAGUGGGAUUCCUGCAGUUUUGUAUCCCCGGUGUACUCGCAUUCCAAGCGAACAACAUUACUUCCCACUCGAAGCGCGGAGUCGCAUCGGCAACCUGUCUCAUUGGCGGGGGCCUUGGCGGUAUCAUUGCAAGCGUUGCGUUCAAGUCUGAUGAAAGUCCGCAUUAUACUACGGGCAUUUGGGUGACAUUCGGUAUUGCAAUGGUUAGCAUAUGCCUAAUCCUAAUUAUGGACAUUUACUUGUGGAGAAGAAACAAAAAAGCCCGGGAGACAAAUAUCCAGAUUGAGGGCAUGAUAGGAUGGUACUAUACUCUUUGA